CUAAGUGCCCAUAUUUCCAACACUUGAGUCGAUGAAGUGUGUACACUUUUGGCUGUUUUUCUCAAUGUACUUUUGUGCACUCAUAACUAACCCUUCUUCUUCUUCUUCUGUGGUUGGUUCUUCCUUUACUAUUUCUGCAGCUUCAUCCACUGUUCAAAGCAAAGAAGCAAGUGCUUUGUUGAAGUGGAAAGCAAGUCUUGACAACCAAAGCCAAGUUUUGUUAUCUUCAUGGAGUGGCAAUAAUUCAUGCAACUGGUUUGGAAUCACGUGUGAUGAAGAUUCCAUGUCUGUCUCUAAUGUAAGUCUCAAAAAUAUGGGAUUGAGAGGUACGCUUGAAAGUCUUAACUUCUCAUCACUUCCAAACAUUCUCAUUCUUCAUCUUAGUUUCAACUUCUUGAGUGGAACUAUUCCUCCUCGUAUUAAGAUGUUGUCCAAACUAUCCAUUCUUAGUCUCAGUUACAAUAGUUUCACAGGAACAAUCCCAUAUGAAAUAACACUUUUGACCAAUCUUCAUUUUUUAUAUUUGUCUGAUAAUUUUCUUAAUGGUACCAUUCCUAAAGAAAUAGGUGCAUUAUGGAAUUUGAGAGAACUUGAUAUCUCAGUUUCAAAUCUAACAGGAAAUAUCCCAAUUUCAAUAGGGAACUUAUCCUUCUUGACAGACUUGUAUCUACAUAUUAACAAACUCAGUGGAACUAUUCCUAAAGAAAUAGGGAUGUUAUUGAACAUACAAUAUCUAUAUCUUUAUGACAAUAGUCUUUCUGGAUCUAUUCCUAGAGAAAUAGAGAAGUUAUUGAACAUAAAACAUCUAUAUCUUUAUGACAAUAGUCUUUCUGGAUCUAUUCCUAGUAAAAUUGGAAUGAUGAGAUCUUUGAUUUCUAUUGAUUUGUCAAACAAUCUACUCUCCGGUAAAAUACCACCUACAAUUGGAAACUUGAGCCAUUUAGAAUAUCUUGGCUUUCAUGCAAACCAUCUCAGUGGGGCUAUUCCAACGGAAUUGAAUAUGCUUGUUAAUUUGAACAUGUUCCAUGUAUCUGACAACAAUUUUAUUGGUCAGUUGCCUCAUAACAUUUGUCUUGGUGGUAACAUGGAAUUUUUUAUUGCUUUAGAUAACCAUUUUACCGGGAAAGUUCCAAAAAGUUUGAAGAAUUGCUCUAGCCUUAUUAGACUUAGGCUUGAACAUAACCAUAUGGAUGGAAACAUAACAGAUGAUUUGGGUGUAUACCCAAAUUUGGAGUUCAUGGGAUUGGAUGACAAUAAUUUUUAUGGUCACCUUUCAUCCAAUUGGGGAAAGUUUCAUAACCUGAAGCAAAUUAACAUCUCCAACAAUAAUAUAUCAGGUUGUAUACCACCCGAACUAAGUGAAGCGGUUAACUUAUAUUCAAUUGACUUAUCUUCAAAUCAUCUCACAGGAAAAAUUCCAAAGGAGUUGGGCAAUUUGACUAAGUUGGGUAGACUCUUUUUAAGCAACAACCAUCUUUCUGGCAAUGUUCCUACACAAAUAGCAUCAUUAAAAGAACUUGAAAUCUUAGAUGUUGCAGAAAAUAAUCUAAAUGGCUUCAUCAGAAAAGAACUUGUCAUUUUGCCUAGGAUAUUCGACAUAAAUUUGUGUCAAAACAAAUUUAGAGGAAAUAUUCCUAAUGAAUUUGGAAAAUUUAAAGCCCUUCAAAGUCUUGAUCUCAGUGGAAAUUUUUUGGAUGGAACCAUACCACCAACGUUUGUAAAGCUGAUACUCUUAGAAACACUGAAUAUUUCACAUAACAAUCUUUCUGGCAAUAUCCCUUCUUCCUUUGAUCAGAUGAUUAGUUUGUCAAAUGUUGAUAUAUCAUAUAACCAAUUCGAGGGUCCACUUCCAAACAUGCGAGCAUUCAAUGACGCUACCAUUGAAGUUUUGAGAAAUAAUACAGGCUUGUGCGGUAAUGUAUCUGGCUUGGAGUCUUGCAUAAAUCCAAGCAGGGGUUCUCAUAACCAUAAGAUUAAGAAAGUGAUCUUAUUGAUAGUUUUGCCUUUUGCACCAGGAACUCUAAUGCUAGCAUUUGUUUGUUUCAAAUUCUCAUCUCAUUUAUGCCAAAUGUCAACCACAAGAAUUAACCAGGUUGGAGGAAACAACAUUGCUCCUAAAAAUGUAUUUACAAUAUGGAGUUUUGAUGGGAAAAUGGUGUAUGAGAACAUUAUUGAAGCAACGGAAGAGUUUGAUGACAAGCAUCUCAUUGGAGCAGGAGCGCAAGGAAGUGUUUACAAAGCAAAGUUGCCCACAGGUCAAGUAGUUGCUGUUAAAAAACUCCAUUCAGUAACGAAUGCGGAGAAUUCUGAUCUAAAAUGUUUUGCAAAUGAGAUCCAAGUUCUGACAGAAAUUCGGCAUCGUAACAUUGUGAAGCUAUAUGGAUUUUGUUCACACACACACUUGUCGUUUUUGGUUUACGAGUUCAUGGAGAAAGGUAGUUUGGAAAAGAUUUUGAAUGAUGAUGAAGAAGCAAUUGCAUUUGGUUGGAAAAAGAGGGUGAAUGUUAUUAAAGAUAUAGCGAAUGCUUUAUGCUAUAUGCACCAUGAUUGCACCCCUCCAAUUGUUCAUCGAGAUAUAUCAAGCAAGAAUAUUCUUCUGGAUUUAGAAUAUGUGGCUUGUGUCUCAGACUUUGGAACGGCUAAGCUUCUUAAUCCUAAUUCAGACAAUUGGACCUCAUUUGCAGGCACCUAUGGAUAUGCUUCUCCAGAACUUGCAUACACAAUGGAAGUAAAUGAGAAGUGUGAUGUGUAUAGUUUUGGGGUAUUGGCAUUGGAAAUACCAUAUGGAAAACACCCAGGAGAUAUUAUAUCUAACUCUUUACAAUGGACUAUCAUGGACUCACCACUUGAUUUCAUGCCAUUGAUGGAUGAGUUGGAUCAACGUCUCCCUCGUCCAAUGAAUCAUGUAGCUAAGAAGUUAGUAUCCAUUGCAAAGACAACAAUUUCAUGCUUAGCUGAAAGUCCACGUUCCCGCCCUACCAUGGAACAGGUUUCCAGGGAGCUUCGAACAGCAUAGUCUUCGUCUUUAGAUCAUACAUCUUGA